UUGUUCCUAAUCUGUUAUUUUGUCCAACCUGGGAACAAUUUAUAUAGUUUGUAAGUGUUAUAAUUGCAGAUUUCGCAACACACUAUCUCUCAGAUUCCGUUUUUGGCACAUGAGAAGAAUCGCCAUGAGCAAGAUAUAACUGAGAAGUGUAUCAGACGGAUGGGAAAAACUUUGCAAGAUGUCUUAUCAGACUGGAUUGGCAAGUUGAACAACAGAGAAAUUGAUCUGACAAGGAUGCCACUCAAUCAUCCAGAGAUGAUAACUGCAGGAACGCAUGUUUGCAAUGAUUGUUAUGACUAUCUGGUCUCCUUUCUCUUGUACUGGUUCCGGAUUUCAUUGCCCAGACAUUAUCUCCCACCUGAAGCACGUAACAGGGAAGAUUGCUGGUAUGGAUUUGAAUGUCGGACGCAACACCAUAAUGAAGAACAUGCACGUAAGAGAAAUCAUGUGUGCCGUCCUUCAAGGGGUACUUUUUUCGCACAGUAGUAAUACAGUCAUAGCAUAUAGUUAGACAUAUGUGCCACCAAUUGAUUAUUUACUGGGGUAUUUUUUUUUUUUUUUUUUUUAUUUA